CGCGGGCAUGAAGCUGGAGGUGUUCGGGCCCCGCGCGGGUCUCGGGGACAAGCUGGGGAGUGAUCUGGAGGGUGCGGGCGGCAGCGACGCGCCGUCUCCGCUAUCGGCCGCGGGCGACGACUCCCUGGGCUCGGAUGGGGACUGCGCGGCCAACAGCCCGGCGGCAGGCGGCGGCCAGCGGAGCGCGGGCGGCGGGCCGGGCGCUGAGGAGGCGGGCGCGGCUGGCGCUGCGGGGGCGGCGGCGGCGGGGCCCGGAGCCGGGGACGCAGGUUCGGGGGGCGCGGGCGGCGGCGAGGGCGCGCGCGGCAAGCCGUACACCCGGCGGCCCAAGCCCCCGUAUUCGUACAUCGCGCUCAUCGCAAUGGCCAUCCGCGACUCGGCGGGCGGGCGCCUGACGCUGGCCGAAAUCAACGAAUACCUCAUGGGCAAGUUCCCGUUCUUCCGCGGCAGCUACACCGGCUGGCGCAACUCCGUGCGCCACAACCUCUCGCUCAACGACUGCUUCGUCAAGGUGCUUCGCGACCCCUCGCGGCCCUGGGGCAAGGACAACUACUGGAUGCUGAAUCCCAACAGCGAGUACACCUUCGCCGACGGCGUCUUCCGCCGCCGCCGCAAGCGCCUCAGCCACCGGGCAGCGGCCCCGGGCCCCGCGCUCCGGCCCCCGGACGGCGCGCCCCCGCCGCCCGCGCCCGCCGCCCCGGCCCCGGCUUCGCCCCGCGCGCACUCGCCCGUCCGCCCGGAGGGGCGCGCCAGCCCGGCGGGCAGAUUCUCCGGCCCCUUCGCCAUCGACAGCAUCCUCAGCAAACCCUUCCGCAGCCGCCGCGCCGGGGACGCGGGCCCCGGGGCGCGCCCUCCGUGGGGCGCGGCGCCUUGCCCGCCGCCGCCGCCGCCGCCCGCCUACCCGGCGCUGCUCCAGGCCGCGCCCGCCGGGGCCCUGCUGCCGCUCUGCGCGUUUGGAGCGGCCGAGGCGCCGGGGCUGCUAGCGCGCGGGGCCGAGGCGCCGCCCCUCCUCCUAGCGCCCCUGGCCUCCCCGGCCCCGGCCAAGCCGCUCCGAGGCCCGGCCGCCGGUGCGCACCUGUACUGCCCCGUGCGGCUACCCGACGCCCUGCUCGCGGCCUCGGCCCGCGCGCCCGGCCCGCACCUGCCUGGGCGGCCUGAGACGCUCCUGGCCUGAGCGCGGCGGGGGACGCGGGCUCGGGGCCGGGCGCUUUCCGCCCGAGGACAGAGACGGUCACAGAACCAUCACCCGACGUGCCUUAGAGCGAACACCGGACAGAAGGGUCUCAACUGCAUCCCGAGCGUUUCCCUUCGUCCUUAACAACUCACGUUGCAGAGGAGCAAAGCAGGGCCUCCGACGGUUUCCAUUCCUGAACCAAGCCUGUGCCCGUCCCUUCACAGAAACUUCUCGCGGCCCAGGCUCUGCCUUCUUCCUGCUGUUUUCGUUGCACCUUCCAGUGCUUUGUCCCUUACAAAGCGAAACAAAGCCUAAACAGCACAUCGGGGAACCAUUCCAGGUGAUCCACGACGCGACUACUGCGGGGGAGUCCCGGGCCCCCUCCCUUUGUGCCUGUGGUGUUUACAGGUGCGGCUGAGCGGGAGGGGCCAGAGGCGCUUCAGUCAUCUCUGCUAUUGACCAGUUCCACUGUGCCAAAAGAUGAAAAAUAUAUAUAUUGUUGGGUUUUGUAAUUAAAUUAUUUAUAUAUUUUUGAAACCCGAAUGGAAAAUGUUGCAGGCAACGGUUGUGGCUUUACUGUCUGUUGGGUCAUUUCUUAAGUGUGGUCUCUUUAGGCCAGGUGGCUUCUUCCAAGGAAAAGCUAACCGUUAUGUUUGUGGGGUGCCAGGGUCACUGCCACUUGAAAGCAAGUGUGAUUUUUAUUUUUAAUAUUAUUUGUCUAUGUACAUAUUCAUGUAUAAAUUUUAUGAAACCCAGGCAUAGCGCUUAUUUUUUAAUAAAACUGACAAUUGACUUUA